AUUUUCAACUCGGCGCCACACCAACUCUUCUAACUUGGUUGCCAAAUAUACACACAGUGAAAGCAACUUUAAAUAAAAUGCCUCUACCUGAUGCCAAUGUCGAGGUGUCCGCCUCCAGCGAUGCCGCUGAAAACUUCAUCAACCACUACUACCAGGUGAUAAACAAACGCGCCAACCUCAAAAACUUUUAUGUCAACUCCUCUGCGCGGUAUGCAAUCCCCGCGGACAUCUCUAUUAACGGCUCUGUCGUCGCAACGCCAGAAGACUACUUGAAGCUGCUUGAGGGCCAAGGCGAAGGCGUUCACUAUGAAAUUGAGUCCUUUGAUACCCACGUCAUGAACCCGUCCUUUCAGUACGGAGCCCCCAGCAACAUUAUCGAAAACGCCAAGCUUGAAUCCAACGGCUCGCGCAUGAGCAUCGUGGUCGUCACUGUCGGCAAAGUGCAAUUUGGCCCGGGCAAAGACGCACCGGCCAAGAUGUUUAAUGAGACGUUUGUUCUGGUGCCAAACUGGGACUCAAUGAAGAAGAAUCCGCCGCGAGGUCUGCAGAAGUGGCUCAUCAUGUCCCAAAACUUUAGGGCUCUGUGAGGUACUAUGCUGGUAGUUACACUUUGACGUUUGGAGAAGCAGGAAAGAUGGAAUGGCUGGAUUUGAAGCGACACGAAGCCUUCGCUCACAUUAUUUGUUUUUUGGGCGUUUUGGUGCAGGAAAUACAGGCAGCUUCUAUCGUAUCUCAACAGGCACGAUGCUUUUGCCGCAGAAAAUAGCAAGAUUUGUAUUUCGUUUUUAUUUCUUUUUUACAACGCAUAAUUCCAGUAUAUGUGCAACAUAAUUGCCCAUUUUGGACUCGCAUUUCUUCUCUCGUUUUAACUUUUGUCCCAUUUCUAUUGCUGUAUUCCACGAUCCCUUACACUCAUGAGCGAAUGCAGUGCCAAAUCUAGAGUCGUUGCCUCCCGGAAACGGACUUUUAAACAGGGUAUCCAUCUGGGCGUCCAUGGCUAUUGCGUUCUCCGUCUCAUUGAAGUUGUAUGAAAGGUGUACUGCACCGCUCCCAUCCAAUAAAAACUUUUCCGACUGCGAG